GACGCGUGGGGCCCACUCCAGAGCACCCACGAAAAUCUUCUCCCGCACCAACGCGUUCCCCUUUACCUCGCCGCCGGCGCCACCGCGCCGUCGCGCAGCCAUGCUCCGUCUCCGCCUCCGAUGCCACGCCCUCUCCCAGCUCCUCUCGUCCCCAUCCUCGUCUCCCAUCUCCCAGCUCCUCGGCUACCACAGCCGCCUCCUCUCAGCGGCCGCGCCCGUCGUCUCCCCAAACCCUAGCUUCGCCGUCGAGGAUUACCUCGUCUCCACCUGCGGCCUCACCCGAGCGCAGGCCGCCAAGGCCUCCGCCAAGCUCUCCCACCUCAAGUCCCCCGCCAGGCCCGACGCCGUCCUCGCCUUCCUCGCCGGCCUCGGCCUCUCCGGCGCCGACGUGGCCGCCCUCGUCGCCAGGGACCCCCGGUUCCUCUGCGCCGGCGUGGAGACAAUACUGGCUCCCAACUUCGCCGGCUUAACCGGCCUCGGUCUCUCGCGUUCUGACAUCACGCGCCUCCUCUCGGUUGCCGGCAUACACUUCCGCUGCAGAUCCAUCGUCACCAAUCUACACUACCACCUGUCCCUCUUCGGCUCCACCGACAACUUCCUCCGUGCUCUCAAGCGCAACGGAUCCUGCAUUCUCUCGUCCGACCUCGACAGGGUGAUCAAGCCCAAUGUCGCGCUUCUGCGAGAGUUUGGGAUUGGUCCUUGUGAUAUUGCCAAGCUGUGUGCCGCUCAGCCAUGGUUGCUCACCUGCAAUGUAGAGCGUAUCCGGGCGAUGGCGGUGAGCGUCGAAGGUCUGGGUGUGCCCCGUGGAUCUGGGAUGUUUAGGCAUGCGCUGAAUGCUGUUGCUUUCGUCAGCGAGGAGAAAAUCGCCGCCAAAGUGGAGCAUUUGAAGAAAACGUUCAGGUGGUCGGAUGUUGAGGUGGGCAUUGCUAUUUCUAGGGCUCCAAAUGUGCUGAACAAGACUAAGGAGUUUCUGCAGAGAAGGUCAGAGUUCCUGAUCUCUGAUUUGGGGUUGGAACCCGCAUACAUUGCUCAUCGCCCUGUAAUGCUCUCGUACAGCCUGGAGGGCCGGGUAAGGCCCCGGAGCUACGUUGUGAAGUUUCUCAAGGCAAAUGGAUUGCUAGAUCCCGACCGGGACUUGUAUUCCGUGCUUGUACUGUCUGAGAAGGUAUUCAUGGAGAAGUACAUAUGCCCUCACAAGGAAGCUGCACCGUGCCUCGCUGGAGACUAUGCUGAUGCUUGCAAAGGGCUACUGCCGACUAAUUUCAGAUUUACAUGAAGCAAGGAUGGGUUAUGGAAAUCGGUAACUGUGUAUGGCAUCACAGUUUUCACCAUUCAUAGUAAGCUGGUAAUCUAUUUGGGACUGAAGCAUGAUCAACAAUGAAUUAGUCUCAUCAUUUACAUCUGUCAUAGUUCGUCAGAACUAGAGAGACGGCCCUGAUAUAUGCUGUAAAGUUAAUCAAGGAAAUGGGUUGCUCAAGCGCAACCUGAGCUACAAUGCCGUUUUCAUGGUGACUGAGAAGGUUUUCAUUGAAAAUUUUCAUAUUGCCCUCACAAGGAAGCUGCCCCGCACCUCGCUAAAGAAUAUGCUGCCACUUGCAGAGGGGAAGUGCCAUCUAAUUUCAGAUUUUUUUUUCUUGGAAUACAUUUUCUAGGAAUCUGACCUCAAAACUGACAGCAUUUAUUUUGGCGCUAGCUGUUUCUGUUAUGAAAAAUACUUGGCUGUUCCCCGGAUACUUAUAAUUUUGGCUACCUUUGGAAAGCUUUAUAUUACUUUGCAAUAUUAAAUGAACUUUAAAUGCAUUAGAUAUCUUGAGGACUACUAGGACUGAAGUUGUAGCCGUUGGGUCCAUUUUAUGCCAAUAUCCACACAUACAGGUUAAACUUGGACUCUUGGAGUUAACAAGUUGCCAUUGCGGUGACACACUUGAGUUAUUUUCCCCUUGUUUCUUUGAUUUGUGUCAUUCCUGUUUGCACACAAACCCAUGUUAUGGUUGAGUAGAUAAUUAGAGGCGACACGAGCUGGUCGCUCUUCAUCUUGUAGCACAAGGAAAAAGAGUCCUGGGAAGCACAGGAGGUGAUGAUGGUUCAUGUAGCAUUACUACUGGGUUCAAUUCCAUUACGCGCAUGGUACAGCAUAUCUGUCGAGUUCCAGAGGGAUUGAUCCUUGCCUCCUUUGUACAUCCAGCCUAUACACAGCUCGCCUUACUUAAAGGGUUCAUCAGUAACCUGAACAAAGAGGAAGAUGCCCGGCACACUUGUUUGAUUAGACUCUGUUCUGGCGCUUUCCCGAUUCCAAUCAUCCUUUCAGGUAGCAGUAGCCUUUUUUGAUUUAAAAGCCUGGCUACCACGGUCCUUUCAGGUAUAUUCAUUCUGUGUGCUAAGUGCUCUGCUAACUAGAGAAGAGAUAGCAGGCAUGCACAUAGGCUGUACAGGGGAUGUUUAUCUGGAAAUAUUGGUUUAGUCUAAUCCACGCAAACUCAGUCUUCAAUUUACUGAAUUUAGAUUAGAUGUUGCCUUCUUCCUACCGGGAGAAGAUGUUGGAUGCAGACGCACACCGCCUGAGUGAGGCAGAGGAUCGGCCUUGCUUCGGGGCACACUGCAGAUGCAUACUGCAGUCAGAUUCCACCGCUCAAAGUUUUCGAUUGAGAUUAUGGUUUAUCGAGCUACAGCGGUGCAGUGCUGUGAUACACUGAGCCUUUGAGUGGUGCAUACAAAUUGGAAUUGUGGCGGCGGCGGCUUGUCAUGAUCUCUAGUGUUUUGCUUAUAUGCUUCCUGCCAUGAAAUUAUUUGUGGGAAUCCAUUGGCAUAAUUCACUCACUUGACUAAAAAGACAGCAGCACUGCAUUGCAUCCUCUUUUAUUCUUUAUUUUGAUUGUUGUGGUUGCUCAACAAGUUAUCUCUCAGAUUAUCGCUUUCAGUGCAAACCGGAGUAGAUUAAUUAAUUUUGAGUAGAUGGAGCUUCUUUUUCAUCUGAAAGACACCCCACAUUUCAGAAGAUACAUACGCCUACAGUUUCAGCAGUGAAGUUCUGUUUCCAGUUGCAAUAAGCUUGGUUACUUAUCAGCUGAGUACAAGUAGUGGAGAUUGACUUUUUGUUUCUU